AUGAGGACGCUGGGCGAAUCCAACACUCUGCGGGACCAUUACUUAAAGUACAUCAAGCAUCCGGAGCAGCUGGCCGAGCUCUCUCUCGAUCCUCUCGCUGAUGACCCUGAUUCGCCAUGGAACGCUGUGCGUCAAGACGAAGUCAUCCGCGCCGAGAUCCUGCAGGAUGUCCAGAGGUUGCCGGAUGAACCUUUCUACCACAAGGAGAGCACACAAAUUCUCAUCUUGGACAUUCUAUUCAUCUACUGCAAGCUGAACCCCGACGUCGGCGGGUACCGGCAAGGCAUGCACGAGCUACUCGCGCCUAUUCUCUACGUGAUCGAUCAAGAUGCCAUCGAGCGCGACAAGGUCACCCCUGACGAUCUGGCCGACCAGAUUAUGGUGGAGAUGCUGGACUCGUAUUUUGUCGAGCAUGACGCUUUUGCCUUGUUCUCGAGAGUCAUGGAAAAGGCGAAACCCUUCUAUGAGGUCAGCAAUGGGAAUGGGCGAUUCGCAAGCGAGCAGAGCGCCAUUGUGGAGAAGAGUAAGAAGAUUCAUGAGGUCUCACUCAUGAGAAUUGAUCCCGAACUGUCAAAUCAUCUGAAAAACGUCGAGAUUCUUCCUCAGAUAUUCCUAAUUCGCUGGAUACGAUUACUAUUCGGGCGAGAAUUCCCUUUUGAGCAGCUUCUUGUGCUCUGGGACACCAUAUUUGCGUUUGACCCGUCGUUAGAGCUCAUCGACUUGAUAUGUGUAGCAAUGCUCAUAAGGAUACGAUGGACACUAUUAGAUGCAGACUACUCUGUUGCUCUGCAACUACUUCUGAAAUACCCAGCUCCCCAGGCUCCUCACGGACCGCACACUUUUGUCGACGACGCAGUCUAUCUGAAGGAUCACUAUAACUCCCUGGGAGGCGCAUCACUGAUCAUGAAAUACACCGGAAGGACUCCCGCAACCUCAUCAGCAGCAAGCUCCCGCCCAUCCACCCCAUCCUUUUCUGGCCUCUCCAUUCGCCAACGGCGACCCGGCGUGCGAUCGCCACUGGCGUCCCCAGACCGCUUCAUCCAGAACCAAGCCGACGUCAAGGCGCUGUUCCAGGGCGCCGCCAAGGGCGUCUUCGAGCGCGGCGAGAAGCUCGGUAUCAACCAGGCCGUGCGCGACGCCAUGGGCGAGAUCAAGCGCAACAUGCAGGGGUUCCAGGAGGCGCGGCGCUCGAUGAAUGUCAACGGUGCCGCUCACCCGACGGCGGCCUUUGCGACGGUCGCGGAGAUGGAACAGCGGAACAAGCAGCUGGCCUCUGUCCUAGACGAGACGAUAUCAGCGCUCAAGUCUCUGGCGGAAUCGAAUUUUGACGGAGAUAAGGAGAAGCUCACCCAGACUGUCGAGAUGGCGGUGGCCAAGACGCAGUUCGUCAAGAUCUACCUCGAGGACUCGUCCCUCGACUUGCCAGACGUCGACACGCCUGCUGCCCUGGCUGUAUCCCCCGCCAACAAAGAAAACGUCUCUCCCGGACCACUCGCCGGCGAGGACGAAGUGAUGGCCGACACGGACGAGCCCAAGCCCACAGCAGCAGUCUCGACCUCCCCAACCUCGGCACCAGAGCCAUCCGCCGGCCCCAUCAUCAUUACCGACGACGCCGUCGCCGCCCAAGACCCCCUCCAGACCACCGCCGUCGGAGACGAUCGCAUGCAAACAGACAGCCCCAAGCCCAGCGCAGCCCCCGCCGGCACCACAAAGCUCGAGCGGCCACACGCACCGAUCCCCACGCGCUCCACGCUCGCGCAGUCCUCCUUCUCGUGGAUGCUCGAGCCCGACACGUCCGCGUCGUCGGCAUCCUCGCUCUCCGCCGCGCACGCCUCCCGGGCGCAGCAGGGCCCCUCGUCGGCACACAAGAAGCGGCCCUCGUCCAACGCCAGCCGCGAGCGCAACGCCUUCCUCUUCGGCGAGGUGACGGCCCCUGAAGUCGGGGGUGUCGGUGUCGGUGGGGGUCCCGGCGCGCGGCCGUUCACCUCGGACGACAUAUUCGGGCUGGAGCCGAUACGGAGGCCGAGGGCUGCGAAGGACAAGAGCCACGAGAGCCUGUUUAGCGGUGAAGGGGCUCCGGAUUCUUGA